AAAUAAAUAAAAAAAUUAAAAAUUAAAAAUAAAAAAAAAGCCCAUGUAGUCUGGCCUGUGGAGUCACUGUUGCUGCUGCUAGUGUGAGUCCCUUCCCUCAGAUCUGGUGCAGCGCAAAACCACCUCAAAUCCAGAACGACUCUGCUGUUGUCCCCUCCCUCGUACGCCCAAGUGGGUUAGGAUCCUGGAAAGGCGACUGCAAGUAGUUUCCCCCUAAAUUUUCAAUUUCCUAUGCAUGCAUCUUUUUAAGUAAAAAUGAAUUAUUAAGAUGGUCUAUAUACGUAGUUGAAUGGUACCUCAAGGAUUAUAAGGGGGAAAAUUAGCUGCCUGCUCCAUCCUUCUCCAUUUCGCAGAGGGAAUUUCAGCCUUUGGUUUUUUUCCCUAGGGCCUUGGUUUCAGAUUUCAUAGUAAUAAUGCUUUUACUGCUAUUUAUUAGUUACUAUGUUUAGACAUCUGACAGCUUCCUAUUUGAUAGAUGAAGAUUUUUGCCAUUUUACUUUUUUUCAUUCUCCCAUUCUCUUCUCAAUUUCGUGAAAUUGGCAUCGUAUUAUAGUAACCAUAUUACUAUGUUCAUUCCUGAACGAUUUGCCUGUGCUUCCUUUCCAUUCUCAACAUUUUGUCUUGGUUUUACAUAUACAUCACUAAUUCUUUCAAAACAGUCCUAAAGUAAAACUUUUUAAGUUUUACUGCAUGGUCAAAGCCCAACCAUGUAACUUUCAGUCUAAACUAAUUUCUCUCUUAUCCAUGAAUAUAUAUACAACUUGUUUCUGAGACUUCAUCAUCCUGGGAUUUGUUUUCCUCUCUUGGGUUGGAGUCCACAUAUGUGGACCCUGUGUCUUUGUUGUUAGAUUACGUACUUGAUAAAGUGGAACCCUUCCUUCAGUAACUCUGAGAAUGGGUGCGUAAGAGUUCAAUUACUCAGACUCCCACCUACCUAAAAGGUAAGAUGGCUUGGUAUAUAAAAUUUUAGGUAGAAAAUGAAAUUCAGGAUUUUGAAGACAUCGCUCUCUUAUAAUUAAAGUGGUGUAAUCUGCAAUUUUUAUUUCUGAUUUCUUCAUUUUGUCAUCAGAGGCACUUAGGAUUGUAAAAUUAAUUACUAUUCUGCCUUUUUAAUGGGGUUUUAGGAGGAAGAAGAGAGAAAUGAGUUAAUCUGCAUAUUAAGUUUAUGGAUGGGUACAUCUUCAUGAAAUUAAUGGAUAGUUGCUAGACAAGGAUUAUUGGGGCUUCAAUGUCUAAAAAUACUUGAGUUUUCUUGAAAGUAGUAAAAUGGUAUAUGAUAGACCAGUUCAUUCCUUGAUUCUUGAUUAAUCUUGCUGGCUUAAAGGAAUUUAAAGUGGUUUCUGCCUAAUAUGUUGUUAAUAUUUUGAUGCUCAAGCAUUACUAUUGAAGCAUUCGGCAUCCAUGAUUCUUGUCUGUGAUAGCAUUUCCCGAAUUUCCUGGGAGUUGAACCUCGAUACAGUAAAAAAGUAUUUGAAGUAAAAAUCAAGAAGUAAUUAAAAAUGUCCCUGGACUAAACAGUUCGGGUGAGAAUACCUAUUUUUUUCUUAUGAUUCUGAACUCUUGAUGUGAUCUCUCAAGUAUGUAAUAGAUUAAAUGAGGUGCGUUACCUUCCUUCGCUCUCAUGUACUUUCAGAAGUCUAAUUAAUCACAAGCCAUAGGACGUUUUCAUCCCCUUCACUGGUGUAAACUAUGGUUGAAUUCUGACUUUGGGGUGAGGAAUUAUUUAGGCUUCAUUUUCCUCAUCCCUGAAGGGGGAUUGAUAGGGUUAUAAGGUGACAGGAGAGACAAGAACAUAGGACAAACUCAGAAUAAGGCCGUUGUAUUAUUUCUUCAAAGAUUCGAUGAUUUAAGACUGGUCAGGCAGUUAGAUUUAUAAGCGGGCUGAUAAUAUAACAGCAAACUUCCACUUUUCAGGAAAUUUGGCAUAGCUUUUUAAUAUAUAAUGUACCUCUGAGGAGACAGUUACUAGUUUUGUAUUGUCCUCCUCCUUGAACUGCUCCCCUGGUAAGGAUGAAGCUUAAGGAAAUGGCAUUCCUCCCCCUAAAAGCAGACUGAGGUCCUCCACACUAAAUAUAAAUAUAAAGGAAGUUCUGUGAAGCAAACAUUUUCUGAUUGGUGUACAAAAUGUCUCAAGGAUCCGUAAUGUCCAUCUACAUGUGCAAUCCAAGGUAGGGUUAGAAAGGGCUGCAGAUCCAUUUACUGCCCAGCCUUCAGCGUCCUGCGGGAAUAGUUUGUCCCUAUGGACAAAUUUUGGUGAAUAUUGACAAUACUGUGAAUGGACUCCUGGGACUGCAGCCCUCACUGUAGCUCCUUUCACGUGCACCAGAGGGCAGGAGCUCGGCGUGCUUGUGUGAGGGAACCACAGGAGAGAAUGCCUGACAUUUCUGAGAAAGGGGAUGUAUAAAGACUCCCAGAGUAAAUAAAGCCUUUGGGUAGAAAGGGAAGUUGAUGAGACAAAGGGCUUCCCUCUCCUGCAGUGGGUCUGUUGCCAUACAAUCUCCCACUCACAAUCUUCUUUUGUAGCUUCUGGAAGCAGUACGUGUUCCCUGACGCCCUGUCAUCCUAGUCAGUAUCACAACCUUAACUCCGUCCCUGUUUAUUGCAGGCCUCUGAUUGGUCUGGAGUCCUGUCAGAAUGGCAGCUCCAGUCGGUUACUGGAUAUUUAUAUAUGGGAGCGUUCCGUGGCAGAAGUGCUAGAAAUGUGUCCGCUUACACGGUCACAUCAGCCAAAUAAGGACAUUAACUUCAGUCCAAUAAGCACCUCAUCAGGAACAAUGAAUCAUUCCCAGGACACCGGCUCUCGAGGCAUGCCUGAGGAUCGAAAGCUUUAUAUUGUGGAUUCCAUAAAUGACUUAAACAGACUGACCCUCUGUCCUGCUGGCUCACAGCAUCUGCUGCCUCUCCAGGAGAAAAUCCCGGACAUUGGCACUAACUCAGGAAACGGAAGUCACGGUCUAUUCUUUAUGGGGCUGAUAAUUGUGCUGAUUGUCAGCCUGGUACUGGUGUCCUUCGUGAUUUUUCUAAUAGUUCAAACUGGAAACAAGAUGGAUGAUGUAUCGAGAAGACUAACAGCUGAGGGAAAGGACAUAGACGAUCUUAAGAAAAUCAACAGCAUGAUUGUAAAGAGACUCAAUCAACUGGAAGCGGAACAAAACUAAAGAAACGAGCAUCCAGAAGCGGCCGCCAGCACCAGAGCUUCAUGCUUUAUGGCUUAUGAACUGAGCAUGCGCAUUUCUGCAGGCACCAGAAUACCUGGUUAGUGAUCCCAACCCUGGGGCCAAGUUUCCGCUGUAGGGUUGGGAGCAACUGCAAGGCAAAGGGGUGUGGGGAUAGCAGCCAGAAAAGGGCUCGUUGUGUGCUGUGUCCUUCUGCUUUACUGGGGUUAAGGGUGGCUGUUAGUGGGGAGAACCAAAAGUAAGCAAGGGAAUUUGGCUCUGUACAUACAACUUCUCUUUCAAAAGGAGCUUUCCUAACUAGAGUAAGUUCACUGUGCCAGUGAGGUUCAUGGCACCUCGUGCAUCUUUAUGAAUUCCCGGGACAGCCUAAUGAAGUCACUGAAUUAUUUGUAUUCAAGGAAACCAGGUUUUAACUCUUUUCAAUAAAAGAAAUUUUGCUCAGGUGA